GCAGAGAAGACGCGCCGCCGUUGCACCAUCAUCACUGGAGCAGGCCGAUCUCCUUCGGGCUGCAGCACGCCACUGUUGAGCGCCACGAUUGCCGCAUAAUGCUCUGCCGCUUGCUGCUGCUCGCCUCGCUGGCACCACGCGGGAGAGCUCCAGCGGCUGCCGUCAGCGCUCUCGCCGUCCGGCUUGCUCACCGUAGCGCCAUCAACCCCACCGCACGCUCACUCGGCCGCUACUGCCGCCUACGAAUGUCCGAUAGCGAGCAGUAUGACGUCGUGGUCGUUGGCGGUGGCGCGGCGGGUGUCUUCGGCGCGAUCGCGGCCGCGCGUGCCGGCGCCAGCGUGCUCUGUCUGGAGGGCGGAAGCCAGCCGUUGCGCAAGGUGCGCAUCUCCGGAGGCGGCCGCUGCAACGUAAUGCACGACGCGCAGACGUGGCAGGCGUCUCGAGACGCAGUCGCGCAAAGGUACCCCCGCGGCGCCGACCAGCUGCUCGGGUCUCUCGCCUCGCGCUUCUCGCCGGAGGAGACGCAGGCGUGGUUCGAGGCGGAGGGUGUGCAGCUGAAGGUCGAGGCGGACGGCCGCGCCUUCCCCACCACCGACGACUCGGCGACCAUCAUCGACGCGUUGCUCGGCGCUGCCGAGCGGGCCGGCGUCGUUCUGCGGACGCGCGCAAAGGUGUCCGACCUGGCGCACGACAGCGGCGCAGCUCCGCCGCGCUUCGGGCUGAAGUACGCCAGCGCCAGCGGCGGCGAGACGGCGGCGGUGCGCUGCAGCGCGGUGCUGCUCUCGACGGGCAGCUCGGCGCACGGGCUGGCUGCAGGCCUGGGACACCGGAUCGUGCCGCUCAUCCCGUCCCUCUUCUCCUUCCGCUUGUGCGCGGGCGGCGUGCUCGACGCGACGCUGGCAGGCGUCUCGGUACCCGACGUGGAGCUGUCCCUCGAGCUGAAAGCGUCGGAGAGCGGCGGCGGCGGAGGAGGCGGCGGCAGAGGCGGCGGAGGCGGAGGCGGAGGCAGGGGCGGUGGCAAAGGAAGGGGGCGCGGCCGGGGGGGGCGCAGCCGUACCGGUGGAGGAGGCGGGCCUUCGCCGUCGCUCUCUUCGCGUGGCCCUUUGCUGGUGACGCAUCGCGGAGUCAGCGGGCCCGCGGCACUCAAGCUCAGCGCGUUUGCUGCGGUGGAGCUGGCAGAGGCGGGGUACGCCGGCGCGCUCAAGCUCAACCUGCUUCCUGCGCUCAGUGGAGCGGGGGUGGUUGGUGCUCUGAAGGCAUUCACCGUCGACGGUCGGCGGAAGCUGGUGCGCAACGCCAAUCCAUUCGGGCUGCCUGGGAGGCUGUGGGAGGCGGUGGCGUGCGGCGGAGGCGACGAGGCGGAGGCGACGGGCGCCAAGCGGUGGGGAGAGCUGCGCCGUGCUGAGGUCGAGGCGCUGUCCUCGCGACUCACGGCGACACCGCUGCCCUUCUCUGGCAAGGACUCGAACAAGGACGAGUUCGUCACUUGCGGAGGCGUGGACUGGAGAGACGUCGACGCGACGCAGAUGCAGUCGAGGCUCGUCCCGGGGCUCUUUUUCGCGGGCGAAGUGCUCGACGUCGACGGCGUCACCGGCGGCCACAACUUUCAGUCCUGCUGGACGACGGGGCACGUGGCGGGGAGCGGCGCCGCCGAGCACGCCGCGGCGUGCAGCGUGGCGCCGGAGGCGGUGGCGCCGGAGGCAGGGGCGGCAGCAGACACAUUCCGUUUGCGAGGGGGCUGGCGCGCGGCCGCUUGCGUCGCCGCGGCAGGCCGGCACACUACCGCCCGCGCGACGCUCUGCGCGCGGCCGCGUGCGAGCGGCGCCGAGAUGGGCAUGGCGCCGGACUUGCCCUCCCUCUAUGCGGCGCUGCUCGUCGAUCCUCCGCUGCAGAUCUUGCGCUCUCCGCUGAUGCUCGACAACGGGCUCGUCGUCAGCGCGGUCGACGGCCCGCUCGAGCUCGACCUCGUCGACGGCGUGCGGGUCAACCCGUCAGGCUGGUUCGCGGUGGCGGUGGUUGUCGCCAACUCGCUGUUCGCGCCGUGGGGCAUCGUCAACGUACAGCGCCGCGGCGGGCUCGGCAAUCCGUGGUGGCGGGGCGAUAGUCCUCCGCUCAGCGGAACGGACGACGGGGAGGCCGAGGCAACUGAGAACAGGAAGGAGGAAUGGCGUCGGUGA